AUGUCCGAGAUUCACGGUGCAGGAGGCCCGCUUCCUCCCAUUCCGGACAACAUGACGCUGGUGCAAUUCAUGCUUGACUACCGUCAUCCGAGCAGACCCACUGCCAACAAAAGCACGCCGUGGCUGAUCGAGGACGCAACUGGAAGGAAAAUUGGGGUCGACGAGAUCCGUGCCAACACGCAAGCUCUUGCCACUGGGCUUGGAUCUCGCUUCAAUAUUGGUACCUAUACAAAUUUCUGCAUAUUCAGCCCCAAUCACAUCUUCUGGCCGGUGAUGAUCUGGUACACUUGCUCUCACCUCGAUGUCCUACCCAGCCCCGCCAACCCUUCCUAUACCGCCGAUGAGCUUGUGCAUCAGCUCAAAACAACCAGUACAAAACUGAUCUUUGCGCAUCCAUCUAUCUACCCUGUUGCGCUCGCUGCCGCACGUACUGCGGGCAUCACGUCGGAGCGUAUCGUCCUGCUGGAUGCGCUUCCAAGUACUACAACCGGGACACCAACACACACGACCGUUCCGCAGCUGAUCGCAGAGGGUAAGAAGGCAGGAUGCAAGUUCACAGAAAGAAAGCUUGCCCCAGGCGAGGCGCGCACUAAGCUCGCGUUCUUGUGCUUCUCGAGUGGGACAACAGGACUGCCAAAGAUCAGCCUGCCCCCGGCGUCCAUAGCUGUCGCAAUCUCACACUACUCGCUCAUCGCGAAUAUUGUGCAAAUCGCGACGUACGCAAACGCAGAUCCCAAGCCUUGCGAGGCGAAGACUUACCGACCGGGGGAUGUAUCCAUUGCUGAUGUGUAUGGCCUGGUGUAUAUUUUGCACUUUGGACUGUUCUAUGGCAUGUCCAUCGUAGUCGUUCCCAAGUUCGACUUCGUUAACAUGCUCAAAAGCAUUGAGCGAUAUCGCAUCAAUUAUGCUCCGUGCGUUAUUUUGACACGUUACCUACAGCACCCAGAGGUCAAGAAGCACGAUCUCAGCUCUCUUCGUGUGAUCGUCUCAGGUGCAGCGCCGCUCUCCGGAGAGAUUACGGAGAAGCUCUCGGAGGUGCUCCCCAGUGUCUCGAUUGCCCAGGGCUUCGGCAUGACGGAGACAGCCGUCAUUGUCGCCAUGCCACGACAUGACAAGAAGAUUGGUACUCCGGGAAGCUCUGGAGUGCUCAUCCCGGGAACGACCGCGCGUGUCCUGCGGCCAGAUGGAACCCUUGCCGCACGGAACGAGCCUGGACACCUCAUUGUUACAGGUCCAUCUAUGGCCUCAGGGUAUUUCAAGAACGAAAAGGCGACGCGGGAGACGUUCAUCGAUGGAUGGGUGCACACCGGCGAUGAGGUUGUCUUCAACGAUGAGGGUGAGCUGUUCGUCGUCGAUCGUAUCAAGGAGUUGUUGAAGGUGAAAGGCUUCCAAGUGGCCCCGGCUGAGCUCGAGGGCUUCCUGCUCGACCACCCCGACGUAGCCGACGUCUGCGUGGUUGGGAUCAACGACGACUACCAUGGCGACCUUCCGCUUGCGUUCGUGGUCCCCAGCGCUGCCGCACAGCAACGCAUCAAGGCGAACCCCGCUGAGGCGCAAAGAAUUAAGACGGCACUCAUCACGUACGUGGCGAGCGGCAAGGUCCACUACAAGCAGCUUACAGCUGGCGUCGAGUUGAUCGACGUCAUCCCGCGCAACCCCAGUGGGAAGUUGUUGCGCCGUUUCUUGCGCGACCGUGCUCGGGAAAUGUGGAAGCAGGGGAAGCUCACUUCAGCCACAGUGAAGGCGAAGCUUUGA